UAAAAGGAAAUAUAUAAUAUUAUGUGACAAUGACACAACCUACGCAACCGAAGUGAUUGUAUAAGUUUAAGAAUUUUGUCAUUAUUAUUUGUACAAAUACUUUAUAAUAUAGGUUAAAAUAAAUAAAUUAGCAAAAUGACAUUAAAUCCGCAGUAUGAAGCAAUUGGAAAAGGUUUUGUACAACAAUACUAUGCAUUGUUUGAUGAUCCUAACCAGAGAGGAAAUUUACGAAUUAUGUACAACAAUGAAUCAUUCAUGACAUUUGAAGGCAAACAAAUCCAAGGUGUUACAAAAAUUAUGGAAGAAUUGAGUAAUUUGAGGUUUCAAAAAAUCAAUCGAAUGAUCACGACCGUUGAUUCUCAACCAAUGUUGGAUGGUGGGAUACUAAUUAAUGUUUUAGGAAGGUUGCAAACUGAUGAAGAUCGACCACAUGCUUUUAUUCAACUUUUUGUAUUGAAACCAUUAGACACUACAUUCUUUUGUCAACACGAUAUUUUUCGACUAAGUAUUCAUGACACUGCCUGAUUCGAAUAAGUUUAUUUGGAUUUAAUUUUAUAGGACCACAUGCAUAAUAAUGCACGUUCAUCAUAAUUUUAAUCAUAAUGCAUUGAAACUACAUCCGAAGUAUGUAUACUUAUUUUCAGAUUCAAUUCUUUUUAUAAAAUAUAUAUAUAUAUCACAAUGCAGUCGGAAAAUUUUUAAUACACUGUUUAUAUAUAAAUAAAGAAAAAAGAAAGAUUUGCUUCAAAGAAUAUUGUAAUUUGAAAAUUUCAAAUAAAAUGAGUUUGUUACUAAUCUACAA